CAGUGGGUAAAUGUAGGGACUCCAUUUUUUUUGUGCUGUCAGUGAAGGCUCCCAGGCAGCCUCCUCUUUCCAAUACUGUAGCAUCCUGAACAUCCGUCAACAAUUUAACCUGCAUUCCAAACAAAACCAGCUCGGACAUGAGUGGAGAUCAUGGACAUCGAGACUCCCAGGUCAACUGUGGAGCCAAUGGAAGCGAAACUCUGAAACAUAGAGACAAGCACAAAGACAAAGAUCAUAGAAACAAAGAUCACAAGAAAGACAAAGGAGAGAAAUUUAAGCACAGCAACAGCACCAGUGAACACAAGGAGUACUCUGAGAAGAAACACAAAGACAAAGAGAAGUUGAAGCACAGCAAUGGAGGAUCAGACAAACACAGAGAAAAACAGAAAGAGAAAGACAAGAAGAGGGAGGAAAAGAACAAAUUAUCCCAUUCAGAAAAGCCAAAAAAGGAGAAGGAAAAUGGAUAUGUCAGAGAGACAAGUCCGGCUGCCAUUAAGAGCGAGCCUGAAGAAAACAAUGGCUUCUAUCCCUCUCCCCAACACAAGCCCCCCAAACGGGAGUAUGAGGAUGAAGAUGAAGGAUUUGACUACAAACCCAAAAAAGUUAAGGUGGAAUUUGACAAAAAAGCCAAAAAGCGGAAAUAUGAGUACGGAGACGAUGAGGACGAGGAGGAUGUCAAGCACAAAAAGAAGUCAAAAGACAAAAAAGCAGCAGAAGGGAAAAAGGCCAAAAAAGAAGGAGAAGAUAAGUGGAAAUGGUGGCAGGAGGAAAGAUAUACAGAUGGCUCCAAAUGGCGCUUUCUUGAACAUAAGGGUCCAGUGUUUGUUCCUGCGUACGAACCCUUACCUGAAAAAGUAAAAUUUUACUAUAAUGGGAAACCUAUGAAACUUAGUGCUCCUGCUGAGGAGGUAGCCACAUUUUUUGCAAAGAUGUUAGACCAUGAGUACACUACAAAAGACAUCUUUAGGAAGAAUUUCUAUAAAGACUGGAGGAAGGAAAUGACUUCAGAGGAGAAGUCAAUAAUUACUGACCUGAAAAAGUGUGACUUCAGUGAAAUGAACGAGUAUUUUAAAGCUCAAUCUGAGGCCCGCAAACAGAUGUCUAAGGAGGAGAAACAGAAAAUCAAAGAGGAAAAUGAGCGGCUCCUCUCAGAGUAUGGCUUUUGUAUUAUGGACAACCACAGGGAGAGGAUCGGAAACUUCCGCAUCGAACCGCCAGGCCUUUUCCGGGGACGAGGAGACCACCCCAAGAUGGGAAUGCUGAAACGACGCAUCAGACCUGAAGACGUCAUUAUAAACUGUAGCAAGGACUCCAAGCACCCCAAACCUCCCCCUGGUACAAAGUGGAAGGAGGUUCGACACGACAACAAAGUGACCUGGUUGGCUUCAUGGACUGAGAACAUCCAGGGUUCCAUCAAGUACAUCAUGCUGAACCCUAGUUCCCGGAUCAAGGGGGAGAAGGAUUGGCAGAAGUAUGAGACCGCCAGACGCUUGAAGAAAUGUGUUGAUCGAAUCCGUACUCAGUAUCGGGAAGACUGGAAGUCAAAAGAGAUGAGGAUCAGGCAGAGAGCUGUGGCGUUGUAUUUUAUUGACAAACUGGCACUGAGGGCAGGAAACGAGAAGGAAGAAGGGGAGACGGCGGACACUGUCGGCUGCUGCUCGCUGCGGGUGGAGCACAUCAAACUGUUUCCCAAGAUGGACGAGCAGGAGUACGUGGUGGAGUUUGACUUCUUAGGAAAAGACUCCAUCCGCUACUACAACAAGAUUCCAGUGGAAAAAAGGGUCUUUAAAAACCUCCAGCUGUUUCUGGAGAAUAAACAGCCAGAAGACGAUCUCUUUGACAGACUCAAUACCUCCAUUCUAAAUAAGCAUUUGCAGGAACUAAUGGAUGGACUAACGGCUAAGGUUUUUCGUACCUACAAUGCUUCUAUCACGCUGCAGCAGCAACUCAAAGAACUUACUUGCUGUGAUGACAGCAUUCCAGCCAAGCUCCUGUCUUACAAUCGAGCCAACCGAGCUGUGGCUAUUCUUUGUAACCACCAAAGAGCUCCUCCCAAAACAUUUGAGAAAUCCAUGCAAAAUCUUCAGACUAAGAUUGAUGAGAAACAAAACCAACUGUCAGCGGCUCGGAAGCAGCUAAAGGCUGCCAAGGCUAAUCACAAGGCUUCUCAUGAUGACAAGAGUAAAAAGGCUGUAGAGGUGAAGCGCAAAGCUGUACAGAGGAUAGAAGAGCAGCUGAUGAAGCUACAGAUGCAAGCAACGGACAGAGAGGAAAAUAAACAGAUUGCAUUGGGGACCUCCAAGCUCAAUUAUCUGGAUCCACGCAUUUCUGUUGCUUGGUGCAAGAAGUGGGGCGUUCCCAUUGAGAAGAUCUACAACAAAACCCAGAGGGAGAAGUUUGCCUGGGCGAUUGACAUGGCAGAAAAAGAUUACGAAUUUUAAUACAGCAUCUCUUGUUUCCAGGCUCCUGAUUGUAGGCUUUUAGUCUUCGUCAAACGAUUCCACUUAACUGCAGGGCAGUGAGCAAGGAAGCUCAGACUGUGCUGAUAGGCUAGGAUCACGGACUGAUAUAAAAUAAUCUGUACAUAAAAAUGAGCUGUGAACAGACAAAAACUCUUCAUUCAUUUCGGCAAAGGGCGUAUUUCUUUAGAAAUUUUGAAAUAGUGCGUAUGUUGCUGCAGCUAUUUAACUGUAAUCUAACAACUAUGGACAUUUCGGUAUAAACUUGUGUCAGAUGAAAGUUUUGGAUGUAUAUCAGUUCCCAGAUGAAAUAUUCUCUUAGAAUAAUGAAUUAAUAAGUGUUUGUAAUGGAGACAGUGAGAAAAACAACACAAAGAAGUGGAAAAUAUGAAAAAUGUUAUGGAUUUCAGCUAAUAUUGUUAUCAUGGGGAAGACUGGUAUAAAUGAAAUGAGCCUGACAGAUUUCCGUAAGUGUGAAAAACCGAAACCCAGCACUAAAUAUGUUCUUCUUAGCACACAGAAUGUCAUCUUUUAUCCAUGUGGCUCGGGCUCGCUGUUUAUUUCAGGGAUGUACAUAGGCUGUUUUUAUUUAAAUGCUUGUGUUUCUGUGUUUUUUCUUUUCUUGUGCAUUGCGUGCAUUGUCAACAGAAAGCUCUUCAUUGCGGAAAUGCAAAUCCUUAAUUUUUACUUAAACGAAGUGCUGAUUUAUUGUGUCGAUAGAGACUAUUCUCUAUGACGGAAGGUUGGGAAUUUGCAAAAAAAAAAAAAUCUAUCCUUGUAGUGUGCUUUUAUUUAUUUAUUUAUUUAUUUGGUAUAAUUGUGAUAAAAACAGUGUCUGUAAAUGUCAUAACUAUCAAUUGAUGUUCCAACUUUUAGCAUUCAAUUUUUUUUUACUUGAUUGUGCAUUCUUUUGCUCAUUUAAAAACACUUGUUCAGA